AUGUUAAGGAGGGAAACUUCAACAAUAUACAGGACACACAAAAAAAGCAACAGUAGUAUACUCAGGAGCCAGCGGGACCAGACUAGAGUGGAUUCCUUGGUAGAGGAGUCUCCCAUGGGCGAUUUCGGGAUCAAUAACCAGCCUACACAGCCUGGCGUGAUAUACUACUUUGUAGAGCUGACUAAUUUAGGCAUACAGGAAAACACAAGCAGUAAUAAUAACAACAACAAUAAUCAUGGUGACGAUGAAAACGGCAGUCGAUACGGCCACGGCAGCAGUCUGGGUGGAGACGUUCACUCUCGCCGUUGUUCAUGA